AUGUACAACUCUAUUGUUAAAGCUGUCAGGAAAACGAUAUCUGCAGAUAAACAAAGAUUUGAAAAUGAAACCUAUGACUUGGAUCUUACAUAUAUUUGUGAAAGAGUGAUUGCAAUGUCAUUUCCAGCAGAUGGAGUAGAAAGCGCAUAUAGAAACUCGAUUCAUGAUGUAUCUCAAAUGUUAAACGAACAUCACAAGGAUCAUUACAAAAUAUUCAAUCUUAGUGAAAGAAAAUAUGAUUAUGGCUUAUUCAAUAAUAAUGUUUAUGAUUGGUGUGGAUUUCCAGAUCACCAUGCUCCUCCAUUGGCUUUAUUAUUUAAAAUUGUCACUUCCAUGUAUAAUUGGUUAAGUGAAGAUUCACAAAAUGUAGCAAUAGUACAUUGUCUUGCUGGAAAAGGGAGAACAGGAACUGUAAUUGCAUGUUUAUUAUUAUAUGGUGGAUUAUUUGAUAAUUCAGAGGAUGCAAUGAGAUAUUUUGCAGUCAAGAGAUCAUCGAAUAACUUUGGUGUCACGGGACCAUCCCAAAUCCGAUAUACACAAUACUUUUCCAAUAUUUAUUUUGGCAAUCAAGCUCCAAAUCAAAAAGCCUUAUUUUUAAGAUCGAUUACAAUGCACACAAUUCCAAAGUUUUUCUUGGGACCAUUAAAACAAGGAGUAUGUCCAGUAUUAAAUAUAUAUUCAGCAACACAAAAAGGAUUAAGAAUAUUUUCGAGUGCGCCAAUGGAUGGCGAUACCAAAGAGACACGAACCUAUCUAACAGGCAAUGCUACGCUGGUGUUUGAAGUGCGAAAGGUGGUGCGAGGAGACAUAUUGGUUGUGUUUUCACACAUCUCACCAUUCUAUCGGGUCGAGCAGAUUGCCCGGUUCAACUUCCACACGGGGAUGUUCCAAAUGCCAACACUUAUCCUGCGCAAGUCUGAGCUUGACGGUGCCGACGGUGACAAGCGGUUCUCGAAUGACUUUCACUUUAAACUCGAGUUUGAGGACACUGUCAACCCGCUCACCGAACAGCAGAACCUCAUGUACCAAAAGGAGAUCAAAAAAGAGAUCAAGUGGAUUAUACACGAGAGCAAACGUGCGCCACGCAACGGAUCAAUCCUCUUCUUUCCCAAAAACAACUCUGAAAAAAUCAAGCAGGCCAAGGACAUUGCAAGCAAACAGGGCUCAGCCGGUGUCCACAGCGGUUACCUCUUUAAAAAAGGACACAACUUUAAGAAUUGGCGAAGACGUUGGUUUGUGCUCAAAGACAACGCAUUGGCGUACUACAAGUCGCCCAAGGAUGCCACACCUGCCGGCACCAUCCCCAUAGCAGAGAUUGAAAACAUAUUGAUGGGUGACGAAACCUCGGUGCGAGAGGGAUUCGUACAUUGCUUCCAAUUGAUCACAACGAAAUCACAGUAUUUUAUAGCAGCAGAGAAUGAAAGAGAUUUGGAAGAAUGGGCCGAAGUAUUAAGAUCUGUCAAGCGAUUGGUACAAGAAAGUGGUAGACUCUUUAUCGAGAUUUUAGAAGCCAAAUAUACGAUCGAUCCCAAUAUUAUGGACUCUGCAUCCAACUCGUUGCUCGAAUCAACACACGAAAUAGAUAUGAUCACCUAUGUCACGUUGAGUUUGGGUAAAAAGCGCGAUAUUACCUCUUACCAAUCCAUCAAAUACAACCCCACCUUUCAAUACGCAGGUGAUUUUAUAAUCUAUGACUCUACACCUGCCGACCUCACCAUUGGACUCUGGUUCCGUUCCAGUACAUUAAAUGUUCGAGAUACCCUCGUUGCCGAACUCCACAUACCACAUGCUCAACUCUCUCAACCACUUCUCACCGAAUUUAGACCAUUCAACAGGAUUUAUACAAGUUUCUUGAAAGAUUUAUCUAUUAAAUUUGGUACUGCUUAUAAAUCAACAGAAGAUUUAAAUUUAUAUGAAUCAAAAUCAUCUUUAAAUUCAUCUUCAACAUCUACAGCAUUUGGAUCGUGGCAAGAGAAAUCAAUGGCAGAACCUAAAAAUUUCCUUGGAAAGGCAAGAAGAAAUACAGGUGGUGCUGAAAACAGUGCAGAUGAUAUGGUGUAUACAAUCGAAUCGGAUGGUAGCAAUAUUUAUAAUGGUGAUGAUUUUAACUAUUACCUCAAUGUUUCAAAUGAUAAUAAUAAUAAUCAAAAUAAUAAUAAUAAUAAUAAUAACAAUCAAAAUAAUAAUAAUAAUAAUAACAAGACAUCGACAACAUCUACAGGUGAUUAUCGAAAAAUAAGAGAACAACAACAACAAUUAGAAGACACUAUGCUUUCAAUUCACAAUUCCAACUGGAACAGUCAAGAGCAUGAUUUGGACGCUUUAACAAAUGAAUUGAUUGAUGAAUUUGAAAAGAAUGUAUUGGUAAUGGAUGACGAUGGUAUUGAUCACCCAUUAAAACAAUAA